CUAGAGUUUGGAUGGUUUGGAUAUAUUCCACGUACUUCCAAAGGGAUUUGCCCAGCACUUUGGGAGUGUCAGAAGAGGCCAGGAGACUGAGCCUGUCAGCAGUUAUUAGAUAUCUAUCCGUUCCAGAACUAAUUUUUGCUACAACCAGAGACUGAAAUGGCAUGACUGGAGUUUUAAGUAAUUUGACUUCGAUAGUUUCACCAUUUUCUGAGAACUUGGAACAGAAUUUGAACUCAACUUCUGCGCUAUCCUAGGUUAUAAUGCCGUCCUUUUCUAAUGAGGGAGAUAACCGUGGAACUGAUCCUCUGACUUUGAGAGCGGAACUAUCCUAUCAAGGCACAACUAAAAGAAAAGUGAAAAAGAAGAAGAACAAUGGAGUCAUCACUGCGAAUAUCUCUGGCACAAAAUACGAAAUCGUACGUAUAGUAGUAAAAGAAAUGGGAUUUAAGAAAGCACCCGAUGAAGAUGAAACAGCUAAUCUUAUAUGGAGUGAUUGUGCUGUGCAACAGGAGAAGAUUGCUGAGCUUCAGAACUAUCAGAGAAUCAACCAUUUUCCAGGAAUGGGAGAGAUAUGCAGAAAGGAUUUUCUGGCAAGAAACAUGACUAAAAUGAUCAAGAGUCAGCCUCAGGAGUACAGUUUUAUUCCUCGGACGUGGAUCUUCCCUGCAGAAUACACGCAGUUCCAGAACUAUGUCAAAGAACUGAAGAAGAAACGUAGACAGAAAACUUUCAUAGUCAAACCAGCCAAUGGUGCAAUGGGACAUGGGAUCUCUUUAAUAAGAAAUGGAGAAAAGUUACAAGCUCAGGAUCACUUAAUUGUUCAGGAGUAUCUUGACAAACCAUUUCUUAUGGAAGGCUACAAGUUUGAUUUACGUGUGUAUAUUCUUGUAACCUCCUGUGAUCCAUUAAAAGUAUUUUUAUAUCACGAUGGACUGGUGAGAAUGGGCACGGAAAAGUAUCACCCCCCCAGUGACUCAAAUUUGAGUCAAUUGUAUAUGCAUCUGACUAACUACUCUGUCAAUAAACAUAAUGAACACUUUGAACGGGAUGAAACAGAAGACAAAGGAAGCAAACGCUCCAUAAAAUGGUUUACUGAGUUUCUAGAAACAAAUAAUCUUGAUGUCUCCAAAUUCUGGAGUGAUAUUUCAGAGCUGGUAGUGAAGACUCUCAUCGUUGCAGAGCCGCAUGUUCUUCAUGCUUAUCGCAUGUGCAGGCCGGGCCAAGCCCCAGGAAGUGACAGUGUCUGCUUUGAAGUCCUGGGAUUUGAUAUUCUGCUGGACAGAAAGCUAAAACCAUGGCUCCUAGAGAUUAAUCGUGCCCCAAGCUUUGGAACAGAUCAAAAAAUAGACUAUGAUGUAAAAAGAGGUGUUCUGCUGAAUGCAUUACAACUUCUCAACAUACGGACAAGUGACAAAAGGAGAAAUUUAGCUCAACAGAAGGCUGAGGCUCAAAAAAGACUGUAUGGCCAAGGGUCAAUGAAGAAACUGCUGCCAGGUUCCUCAGACUGGGAGAAGCAGCGCCACACGCUGGAAAGGAGAAAAGAAGAACUGAAGGAAAGACUUGCACAAGUACGUAAACAGAUUUCCAAAGAGGAGCAUGAAAAUAGAAACAUGGGGAACUACAGGCGAAUUUACCCUCCUGAUGAUAAGACACUGCUUGAGAAGUAUGACAGUUUGUUGGCCACUGCUUUCCAGACCUUUCUUGCUGGAAGAGCAGCUUCACUGCAGCGGGAAAUGAAUAAUCCUUUAAAAAGGAUGAAGGAGGAGGACAUUUUGGAUCUUCUGGAGCAGUGUGAAAUAGAUGAUGAAAAGCUAAUGGGAAAAUGCACCAGGCAGCGAGGACCUAAGCCCCUGUGUUCCAUGCCAGAAAGUGCACAUUCCUCAAGGAAAACCAAGAACCGCAGCAGUGACAGCAGCUGUGACAGCGGCAGCUGCGUGUCAGAAUCGGGAGAGGAAACUGAAAAGGAAGAUCACAAUGAAAAAAAAGAGAAAAAAGUUUCAUAUGAUCUUGAAGAAAAUAAAUACAAACCUUUGGAACGAUCAGGGAGAAUGAACUGGAAACCUUCCAAUAAAAAUGUAAAAUCUCCAUCGUAUUCGUCCCCCACCUCCUCCACAGGUGCGAUGAGGCGUUCUGUGAGCUGCCCUCGCUCCAUAGCAGUACUCACUGUGCAGUCACAGGCGGCUGAGCAUCGGCCCUGCUCAGCCAAAGCCUCCCUGCAAAUGCAGCGCACCUCCUCGGUCAGCAGGUCUCACUCUUUAAAUCGUAGCCCAUCUUCGGCCAGAGUCUCUCAGACAGCCACCUUGGGAACCAUGAACUCUUCAGGGAGUUUUCCAUCUUUAAAGUCAGUUAAUAGAACUGGAAAGACAGUAAGAUUGUGUCUUCACAACACCGCGUUAAAGAGUGAGUCUUUGCUGCAACAGAAAACAAGAGAGCAAGAGGCUGCUUUGACAAAAGAGACUCUUCUCUUAAUCAAUGACAUGAGAAUCAAGUUCCCAGGAAAAUCAGAUGAAGAAACUGAAUUAAUUAUAGAAGAUAUUAUGGAUAAUUGGAAGUAUCACAAACCAAAAGUAUCAUUCUAUUGGAUGGUAAAACUGGAUCCAGCAAAGCAGCGAAAAGUUUUGGAUAUAGUCAGGACAAGUGUUCGUGCGGUUCUCCAGCACGUCUGGAAAGCUCCAGACAUCGAGAGUUUGCAUCUGUACCGCCUUUUUGACCGUGUAUUUAAUCGCUUACUUUGGAGCCGUGGCCAAGGCCUGUGGAACUGUUUCGGGAAUUCAAGGAGCUCUUGGGAAACCACGUUCAGUAAAAGCACAGAGGUGGUGACUCCUGAGCAACUCCAGUGUUGCCGACGAAUAGUACAGCUUUGUAAACGCUGCCUGCUGGUAGUUUACAAAUACUCAUCAGAUUCAAGAGGAUCCCCGACUGGGAUCAGCCACCACUGGGAUGAUACAAGAUCCCUCAAAGUCACUGUUUCCAGAUUUGCAUUCCUAGAGGUAUCCUAGCAUGUCAGAUACUUGUGGCUUCACAUUCGCAGUGGGAUGCUGUAGGGGCACAGCUCCAGCCAAGGGUCAGGUAUUUAUUGCCAGGACCUUCACUGUUCAUCCUGAAAUCAUCCUCAUCCAAACUUAGCUGCAGUUCAUCUGGAAUGCCUCGCCCUAACAUUCUGUUCACACACAGAUACAGUCACUUGUGAAGUAAAAGGAAAGUUGCUCUUUGUAAAUAAUAGCACCAAUAUUUUUUUUUUCAGUUUAAAAUUUGUGAUGAAGCUAAAUAUAAACACUGUUAUAUAUUUCCUACCAUCAUAUUAUAAUAAAAUUUAGCUUAAAACC